GCUUUGGUUGGGACCCUGAUUUCUUCCCCUGUGAUUCUGACUCACACCUACACACACAUACACACACACACACACACAGCACUCCGACAGAGGACGGAGGGACGAGGCAAAGAGGAACCAGUGAAAGAACAACUGCAAAGAAAAAGAAAGAAGGUAGAACAGAAACCAAAGAGAGAAGUCGAGAAAGCAUCAGACAAGAAGAAGAGCAAGAACCAGGGAGGAGAAACAGGUGCUGUGUGCUGUGUUGAAGUGAAACCACCAACGAAAUCUCAAACAAACCAAUUCUACCAGUUUGUCCAUCAGAGUGUUUCUUCUGCUCCGAGGAAGAAGAAGACAACACGUAGCUACAACAUCCAGACAACAGCCGUCUCUGUUAUAGGAGUGAACCAGAGUCUCUGUCUGUCAACUCAGUCGAUUAAUUUAUAGUCAAACAUUGACUUAAGUUAAUUCAGACUAAAACUCAAACGAUGGCCCCCAAGAAGAAGGCCCCUCGUCAGAAGAAGCCCGCCAUGGAAGCCAUCUCUCAGGUGAUGGAGACCACCACAAACCAGCUGAAGGUGGAGUGCCUGGGCGAUGGAGUGGUGGUGAUGGAGAGCGGCGUGAAGAAGAUCGAGCAGAUGGCGGCGCUGGACAUCGCUCAGCUGAACAGCCUCAACCUGCCGCUGCCGCUGCCCGUCAUCAAGCCCGGAGAGAGGGGCCUGGGCCUGGGCAGCGAGCUGACACGACCCCUGCACGGCAACGCUGUGCUGGAGGAGCUCAGCAAGAUGCGGCAGGAGAAGUUCCUGACUGACCUGGAGUUGGCCUGUAAGACAAAGGCCUUCGAUGUCCACAAACUCGUCAUCUCGUCCGUGAGUCAGUACUUCAGAGAGAUUCUGGCCAAAGAUCCCGGCAUGAAGCGCCUGGAGCUGCCGUCGCUCUCACCUCUGGGCCUGGCCAACGUCAUCACCUUCGCCUAUCUGGGUCGCGUCCACAUGUCCCUCUACACCAUCGGCUGCACCGUCUCCGCCGCCGCCACCCUCCAGAUCCCACAGCUCCUCAAGAUGUGCAUGGACUUCCUGCUGGCCGAGCUCAACGUCCAGACCUGCGUCUACAUCUGGAACAUCGCCGCCGCCUACAGUCUGAUGCCCGUGUGCGACGCCGCCCGCCGCUUCGUCCUGGAUAACUUUGUGCAGUUUUCAGAGACGCCGCUGUUCACCCAGCUGACCGUGGAGCAGAUCUCCGCCUUCCUGCAGGACGACUUGCUGGUGCUGCCCUCGGAGGUCAUGGCCUUCCAGCUCGCCAUGAAGUGGCUCGACUUCGACGCCUCUCGUCAGACUCACGCCGCCGAGCUCCUGGGUCACGUUCGUCUGGAGACGAUCCCGGCCAGCGAGCUGGUGAGUCAGAUCCAGCCGGUGCCCCGCAUGAUGCUGGACCCUCAGUGUCACCGCCUGUUGGUGGACGCCAUGAACUACCACCUGCUGCCCUACCAGCAGAACACCCUGCAGUCCCGACGCACGCAGGUCCGAGUCGGUCAGCAGACUCUGCUCACCAUCGGAGGCCGUCCAUCGCUCACCGAGAGGGCCCUCAGCCGGGAGGUGCUGUGGAGGGACCCUCGUGAGGGAGGAGCCUCCUGGCGUCACCUCACUCAGCUGCCGGCGAAGAGCUUCAACCAGUGUGUGGCUGUGAUGGACGGUUUCCUGUACGUGGCCGGAGGAGAGGACCAGAAUGACGCCAGAAACCAGGCCAAACACGCCGUCAGCACGCUCAGCAGAUACGACCCUCGCUUCAACACCUGGCUCCACCUGGCCAGCAUGCGUCAGCGCCGUACCCACUUCUCCCUGGCUGCCAGCGGCGGCCGCCUCUUCGCCAUCGGAGGCCGCAACGUGGAGGGUCUGCUGGCCACCACUGAGAGCUACCUGCCCUCCUCCAACACCUGGCAGAUGCGUGCACCCAUGGAGGUGCCCCGCUGCUGCCACUCCAGUGCCACCCUGCUGUCCGGGGACAUCCUGGUGACUGGUGGGUACAUCAACUGCGCCUACUCCCGCUCUGUGGCCUGCUACAACAUGGAGACCGAUACCUGGACCGAGAAGGCCUCCCUGGAGACUCCACGUGGCUGGCACUGCUCCGCCACCCUGGGAGGGAAGGUGUACGUGGUGGGAGGCAGCCAGCUGGGACCUGGUGGAGAGAGGGUGGAUGUGGUCUCCGUGGAGGUCUUCUCUCCGGAGAGUGGAGCGUGGGGCCGGGCCGCCCCUCUCCUACUCGGGGUGAGCACCGCCGGCCUGUCCCCACUGGCCGACAAGCUGUACCUGCUGGGAGGCUGGAACGAGGCGGAGAAGCGCUACAAGGCCGCCGUCCAGAAGUACGACCCGGCCACUGACAGCUGGUCCAUGGCCGAGGAUCUGCCCGAGGCCACGGUGGGAGUGUCCUGCUGCACCCUGACCCUGCCGCCGCGCCACGCACCGCGCCGCCAGCAGCACCGCAACACCCCGGCCAACGAGGAGCAGCAGCAGGCCGCGAAGUACCGCAGCAGAGAGAGCAGCGUGGCCCCAUCACAGAGCAUCACUGCAUAGAGACAUGGAACCAGAGAGACUCCAGGAGAGAGGUGGGGGGGGGGGGUUCAACCUCAGGAGAACAUCUGGAUUAGAGCUGCAACCAAUGAUUAUUCACAGUCUGGGUUAAAAGUUCUAUUUUUCAUUAGCCGGUUAAUUGUUAACCAAGAAUAAUAGAAUAAUAAAUGUCCAAAGACAAUCAGUUUAAAAUGAACAGAGGAAAAUUAUAUUCCAGCUUUAACCAGAGAACAAUGAAGCUUUUCAGUGUUUUCCUCAAAAACAAUGAAAGAAUUGAUUAAUGAGAACUGAUUAUUCAGUUUCAGCUCUAAUCUGGAUCAUGUCUGCUCUUUUUUCUGUUCAGGCCUAUAAGGAAAAAAAUCUCUUAUUUAGAAAACACGAAAAAGAUUUGACUAUUUUCCAGACACUUCCUUGACGUUGUGACAAAGUUUUGCAAUACAGAAAAUAUCUAAAUAAAGUUUGCUAACAUGAGCCAGAAUACACCACUGGUCCCACUGGACCAAGUGAAGAAGUAAAAGCAAAAGGUUUGAGUCUAAACUGAACGAAGAGUUUGUUUCAUUUCCUUUAAAUUCAACUUUUCAUCUGUAAAAGUAAAAAUGUGUUGUACAGUCAGUUUUUGGUUUAGAAUAAUGUUAAUAGAAUUAAUCCUGAAUCCUUCCUACAAUAGUGAUUUUCAUGAUUUCUGUUCGGCAGCAAAGUUAAAAUCACCACAUCUGAGCAGAGCCAUGAAACGCUGCUGCAUCAGAGCUGCCAGACAGAAAAGAGAGCUUCAUGAUCUCAGGAGGUUUUCACUGUGAAGGGAACCAGACGAGGGAGAGAGGUGGAUGAGGGAUGAAAUGCAGGGUGGAGCAGGUGAUGGAUGGAGGAGGAGGAGGAGGAUGGGAACUGUGGCUGUUUUUGUUUGAGCGGGUUUGGGUCGAACAAACAUCGAAACUCUGAAUCCACCGGCGGUUUGUGUACAAAGAUGUAACUAAGUGUGUGUGUGAGGUGCGACUGUGAGUGUGACAGUGAACCGGGUGAAUGACAGGAGUGUGUGGGUGCAACAGCAAAUGAGCCAACAACAAUAAAGAUUCUCUCUUUAGCAAACUUUAAAUAUUUCUCACGAGAAAAGCAGCAGUGAACAAACCUUUUAUUUAUUUAACGCACGUCUGUCAGAAGUAGUGAAACUUGACUGACAAAAAUACAAAAAAAUUAGCUGUAGUACUUAAAAAAGAAACGUUUUAUAAAUGAGAUUAAUUAGGACAACACAAGUGAGGAUUAAAAAGUGUUUCGCUUCAUCCCAAAUUUUAGCUUCUCAAUGAAACCAACAAAAUUUAAAAUAUAAUUUUGAAAAACGGCAUAAAAAUCUGAAAAGUGGAAGAAAAAUGUACAAAUAGAGGAAAUAAGUGUGAAUUCAUCUGUGUUUGUGCAUAAAAACAUUUGCCUCCUGAAGAAUUUUUACUGAAACUAAGACAACGCUUCCAGCUGAAGAACCAGAGAGACUCCAGCAGGUGGAGCUGUGGAGCAAAUAGAGUGACUGCUAACUACUGAUCAUCAAUGAGGCUCAUCUGAUUGGCUCAGUCCCUCUGUGUCGGUUUCUGUGGAGUUUCACUGAAUAAAGCCAAUCCAAUCAAAACA